GGAUAGAGGCAUUCUGAUUAGAUCGUCUCUGAAAUAGGCUGGUGGUAACUAUCAACUAACAUGCGUAUCAAAAUGUUUAGUAUCUUGGCCGGUGUGAUUAUGGCUGUGGCCCAUGUACAAGCCAAUGCAGCGUCGUUCGUAACUCCAUGCAAAGCAGAAGACUCUAAAUGCAUCAAAGAGAACGUUGCAGCGGGUUUCGCAGCGUUUUCAAAUGGCAUACCUGAGCUGGGCGUAAAGCCUCUGGAUCCAAUAAUCCUGAAGAAAGUGGACGCCAGUAGAACUGGACUUAAGCUUAUUGUCACUGACGCUUCUGUUGAAGGACUAGGGAAAUGUGUAGCUAAGAAGGCUUCACGAGACGUAGAAAAGGGAAAGCUGUUCGUGAAAUUCCAGUGCGACGGUAAACUUGAAGGACAGUACGAGAUGGACGGACAACUCUUGAUCCUCCCUAUUCGCGGCAAAGGACCCGUACACGCCGUACUUAGAAAACUUGUCAUAAGCACUGAAUUUGACUUGGGUGAAAAAGUUGGAAAAGACGGCAAAAAACACUGGCACAUCAAGAAAUGGACACAUUCCUUCGAACUAAAAGACAAAGCUGACUUAGUUUUCGAAAACUUAUUCGAAGGAAACGAAGUCUUAGGUCGUGCUGCCCGCGAGCUGAUAUCCUCCAAUGGCAACGACGUAGUGUACGAAAUCGGCCCCCCAGUAGUUAAAGCGAUGUUGGAAGAGAUAGUUUCUUCGGUGCGAAAUUUCUUCAACAAUGUCCCUGCCGAAAACCUUACCUUAGACGUUUAGAAGCUAAAAAUCUUAUUAUCUGUUCAUGUUAUUUUGGAUGACAAUUAAUAAAUGGUUGAUU